CAAAUCAGGCAAUUUUUCCAUAUAAAAUUCUUCUCACCCAAAAAGCAAUCUCUUUCCCGUUUUCGUCUGGCCACCCUAUAUAUUAUAUCCGGUGGGCGAAUGCAUCAGAGCGUAAUGGUCCAAAAACAGAAGAGAUCCUUGUUUUUUCCUCAAAAGAAAAUCACCGUCCCAGCCCUUCUCGAUAUCAAAGAAGCAACUGGUAAGAAUAAUUCAUUUAUAUUAACGUCCCACCAAAAGAAAUGUCAUUAUUCAAAAAAUCCCACUACCCCUCUGGAAAUCAGCAUCCCUCAGGACAGUAUAAAAGACGAGGAAAGUCCCUUAGGAAAACACUCUUCGUUCGAGCACCAACAACUAAAGAUGUUCAACAACAUUUUUUUCUUUGCUGUUUUGGUUGCUGUGUACGUUCUCGUUGGGGAGGCUUGCCUCAUUACCAACUGUCCAAGGGGCGGCAAACGCAGCGGCAAAACUGCCGCAAGAGCAGAUGUGAGACCGUGUGUUAGCUGCGGACCUGGCAGAUCAGGUCAAUGUUUUGGACCGGGUAUCUGCUGCGGGCCCUUCGGUUGUCUUAUAGGAACCCCAGAAAGUAUAGUUUGUCAAAGAGAAGGCUAUUUCCAUGAAACUGAACCCUGUAUAGCUGGAAGCUCACCUUGCAGAAGAAACACAGGGAGAUGCGCUGCAGAGGGCGUAUGUUGCAAUCAAGAUUCCUGCCACGUUGAUAGCAGUUGUAGCGGUGAAGAGAAAAAUAGAAACACACCAACUGAAAAUCUGUUCCCUUUGGACGUAUAUAAUUUAUUUUCCUAUUGAAAAAAAUCCAACACAAAAUGAUCGAUAUAAAUGUGAAGUUGACUAAUUAUAAAUAAAUUAAGAUAAAAUGAUGAAAAAUGAACUUACCCUCCAUGAAAUAUUCAAGAAAUAAAAAA